AUGGGAUGGCUGCACGUAGAAAAACCCGCGGCUCUCCUGGCGAAGGAGUUCUCAGGGAUCGUAAUUCGCUCUGCGGAGGAAGGCCUAGGGAAGCGUCGCCCCAGGGGGUCGGGGGGGUAUGAAUGGUGGACAUUUGAACUAGAUAAAACUCGGAAGUUGCAAUGCAAACUUAGGCGUGCUUGGCAGAGUAAAAGGCGUCUGGGAGGUAGGUCUGAGGAGUUAGCCAGGAUGGCUUUCCAUAGUGUGCGUGCGAGAUAUAGGAAGAUGAUGGUGGAGGCGCAGCAGUCGCAGCACAGGAAGAUUGCCAACUCUGGCAAUGAGGACCCAUGGGGCUUUGCAUACAGGCUCGCCAGCGGCAGGGUACGUCCGCCUGCAAAUGUGAUCAAUGGGAUCGCCUUUGCGGGUGUACACCCGGACGGUCUGGAAGCAGCGAUGCAUAAAUUAAUGUCUGCGCUCUGUCCGGAUGACAGCACUGACUGCGACUCGCCUUAUCACCGGCAGGUUCGUCUGCUGGCGGCUUUCAUGCCGUCGGGUGGAGCUGCGCCUCCACUUAAGGUUGAGGAACUGGGUGGUAUAGUUAAGGCCUUGCCCAACACGGCUCCGGGACUCGAUGGAGUGAGUGCGAGAAUCGUGAGGAAUGUGUGGAUUGCGGCACCGAGGGAAUUUCACUCGGUGUAUGCCAAGUGUGUGGAAGAGGGGGUUUUCCCCAAUGUAUGGAAGGACGGAAGACUGAUUGUCAUUCCCAAGGGUAAUGACAAGCCGCUCACCGACGUCAAGGCAUACCGUCCAAUAACGCUCCUCCCUGUUUUGGGAAAAUUAUUGGAACGAGUAAUUUUAAGAUGUGCUCCCGCGAUUAGCCGCGGGAUAUCCGAGUACCAGCACGGAUUUUCUCCGGGGCGGUCUACAGUAACAGCGCUGCGUGUACUGCUCAGCACGGCAAGGUAUUCUCAGGCAUGCUACGUGCAAGCAAUAUUCUUAGAUAUCUCCGGCGCCUUCGACAAUGCCUGGUGGCCGAUGAUGAUGGUCAAGGCCAAAAGGGGUGGAUGUCCACCCAACAUUUAUAGAAUGUUGGUGGACUACUUCACCUCCAGGCGUGUGGGCCUCUACAUCGGAGACCGGGUAGAGUGGAAGACGUCGACCAUGGGAUGUCCUCAAGGCUCCGUGCUGGGCCCAACACUGUGGAAUGUGCUGAUGGACGACCUGCUCCGACUCCUUCUGCCCGAGGGAGUAGCCAUGACUGCCUAUGCCGAUGAUGUUACAAUCUUGAUUGAAUCGGGUACGAGAGCGGGUAUCGAAUCCAGGGCCAGAGUCACUCUGGACCUUGUACGGGAGUGGGGGCUAAGGAAUCGACUGGAGUUUUCCUCCUCAAAGUCGACCACCAUGACUAUUAGAGGGAAACUUCAGCGCCCCCCCGUUAUUAAACUUGGUGGGGAGUCUAUUAAGACUGUGACUAACGUUAAGGUGUCGCUGAGGUGCGGACACACACAUAGCGCCACUCAGCGGCGCGCGGCGCAACAGACGCCACACCGGCCCUGCCAGGCACAGACAGCACAAACCGCAAUGGUUGCGCGAACGGCGCCCGCAGAUGGCGUCGCAGUGCCGGAAGUGCACACUAUCACCCCCUGGCGGCGAGUAGCCACCGAAGGUUCUAGAAGGCCCUCGAACGGCACGUCAGAAGCCAACUACCCACUAAUGUUAUAA